CUCUAUCUAUCUCGUUGGAGACGUGGAUGUAGAUAUAGAGAGUAGUGAUCGAUCAAUCCCCAUCUCUUUUAAAACUCCUCAAGACUCGAAUACUACACCAUAUUUCAGCUCAGCUAACCUAUACCAGAACUAGAACCCUAUUUAUUAGCAUCAAUAUGUUAACAUCAUCUACUACCUUUCUCAUAAAGGUAGGCUCUUGCAUUUUUUUUAAUCACCUUCUUGCUUGCUUGCAUGUUAUUCCUCUUCUUGCUAAGCCACCACCACUUUUGCAGCCACAUCAUAUCAGCACACAAAUUCCCUCCUGAGGAAAUAAGAGAGAACCUAUUUAUUACUCUUCUUCUUCUUCUUCUUCACCAUACCCAUUUUCAUUGAGAGAGAAACAAAAGAAAUUAACCCUCUUUCUUGCUUAAGUAUUUGCCGUGUCAAAAUGUGGAUGAUGGGUUGUAGCGAUGGUGGUGAGUUCAACAUGCCUGAUUCCUUCAAUGGCAGAAAGCUUAGGCCAGUCGUUCCAAGGACUCCACCACUGCCUUCGCCAAACAAUACCUCAAACUCUAGCCCUCCUAGACUUAGCCUUCUCCAUGGCAACGAAUUCUUUUCAUUAAAUCACCAUCUGGCAACUAUGGCUGAUCAAAGCAAAAGAGAUUUCCAUACACAACCAGUUGUAGUGAGCUCGAGAUGGAAUCCAACGCCAGAACAGUUAAGGACCCUUGAAGAACUAUAUAGAAGGGGAACAAGAACUCCAUCAGCAGAGCAAAUUCAACACAUCACAGCACAGCUUCGAAGAUAUGGAAAGAUUGAAGGGAAGAAUGUGUUCUACUGGUUUCAAAAUCACAAAGCAAGAGAACGGCAAAAAAGACGUCGUCAAAUGGAAUCUGCAGCUUCUGAUCAUCAUCACGAGCAACAGCAGAACCGUGACAUAGAAAUCCUUGGAAGGAAAGAAUCAGGUGAACAGACCAAGAACUGGGCUCCCACUACCAACUGCAGUACACUACCAGAGGAAGCAGUGUCAAUGCAAAGGGCAGCAAAAGGAGCAGUGGCAGAAUGUAGAGGAGAUGGAUGGAUCCAAUUUGAUGAAGUAGAAUUACAGCAAAGAAGGAGCUUUAUGGAAAGGAAUGCCACGUGGCAGAUAAAGCAGAUGUCUUGUCCAUCUCCCACCCACCUCAUAAACACCAGUAGCUCUAGCACUAAUACUACUACUACAACUAGUAGAAUCCUAGCAGAAGCAACAGCAAUAACACCUACAGUACUAGCAAGAGGAACAAUAAGAACAAUGGACCCAAAUAAGCAGAUAAUUAAGACCCAUAAUGAUCUUAAUAUCUUCAUAGCCCCUCGCAGAGAAAAGAACAUUGGGCAUGGCCUCAUUAACCACUUCAUCAGCAAUGACGAAGAUCAUAAUGGGUGUGGGGAUUCUCAUCAAACACUUCAACUCUUUCCUCUUCGUAGUAGUGGUGAUGGUGAAAGAAUUAAUGACAAAGAGACUGAAACUUCAUCAGCUUCAGUUGCUGCAGCUAUGAACAACUUCACUACUCCUUACCAGUUUUUUGAGUUCCUUCCAUUGAAGAACUAAUUACUUGCUUACCCACCAAAGCUUUUGGCUUUUUUUUUUUUCUCCAUCUUUAUUAGAAUUUUACUAUGUAUGUAAAAUAGUGGUUUGGGUUAGGUUGGGUAAUGGAUUUUUGUAUUUUUGUUGGAAAUUGGGAACUGCUUUUUCUUGAAGAUGAUGUUUACAUUUCAUGGAAUUGUUGGAAUGGUCUGUGUGGGGAUAUGAAAGAAGGGAUUGCCCUAAAAUGCAUUUGGACCAUGUUGGUUGAAUCAAUGAAGAAACUACAUUUAAGAGGGGAUUUCAUAGA